AUGACGCCACAACCGAAGAGGGAAAGAGGGACAAUUUUGCUAAUCGAUAAGCGAUUCCGCCAAAAAAAAUCAUGGCCGCCAGUCACGUUGUCCCACAUCCCACGGCCAUCCAUUUGCGCCAACAUCCGAGCGACAAAAGAAAUACACAAUCCAGCAGCCCAUUCGCUCAAGGUGGCGUCUAUUCCCUUUCGAUUCAAAGCAGGCGGCACUGGUACUGGCACUGGUAACCGCACCGCUACCGGCACUAUGGCUCCUGUUGUUGCCCAAGCGCACCACCAUCGCAGCACAACCAAGCAGCACAAGAAGAACUUCAAGUCCCGCCAUGCCUCCAAGGGUGCCCUCAAAGAGCUGAGCAAGGGCAAAGUCGAUAUUCUUGAGCGAGGGUCCCGCCGAACACCCCACCAGCAAGUCAUGUCCAAAUUCGACCGCCGCAAUCGCGCAAAGCAGAUGCGCCUAAACAAGGACCACGAACAUGCGAAAUCCACCAACGUAUUCGCCGGUAAAGAUGGAGCUCCAAGAAUUGUCGCCGUCAUACCUCUGUGCGCGGACGCCUCUGCCGCAGCCGCUGUACGUAGUCUGAACACGAGUUUGGAUAUCGAAGAGACGGUUCCCGAGGCCGGAUGGACUCGCACAACUGUGGAUCGGUUCAAGCAGAAAGUGCAAUACUUGGUGGUCAAGCGAGAUCUACUGGCAUCAUUGGAUGCCUGUCGCAUUGCAGAUUUUGUAGUCUUCAUACUGUCCGCGCAUGAGGAGGUGGACACCGACGGGGAGCUGAUUCUCAAGUCGGUUGAGAGUCAGGGUAUAUCAAACACCUUCACUGUCGUUCAAGGGCUAGAUAAAGUCGAACCUGCCAAGCAAAGACCAUCGGUCGUCGCAUCACUCAAAUCCUACAUCACCCACUUUCUUCCUUCCAUCGAACGCGUCUACUCCCUCGACAACAGACAAGAAGCUUCCAAUUUGGUGCGAUCGCUGUGUACAUCCACUACCAAAGGCGUACGAUGGAGGGAUCAGCGAAGUUACAUGUUUAUCGAAGAUAUAACAUGGUCGGGUGGAAAGUCGGCAGUCAGCGCUGAUGGAACGGGCGAAGUUGUCCUAACUGGUGUUGUGCGCGGUCUUGGUCUAAAGGCCGACAGACUGGUCCAGGUCGGCGAUUGGGGCGACUUUCAGAUCGAUAAGAUCGUCGCAGCGCCACUGGAUACGAAAAAGAAGAUUACAGAAGCCGAGAUGGCCGUAGACUCGAAUGAAGGCAGUGCCUUGGAACAGCCAACCGAGGACCAGGACGAUCUAGCCGAACUUGCGCCCGAGGAGACGAUCAUGGACGACGUAACAAACUAUGCCACGUCUAUGGCACCCUCUGAGCGCAAGGGUGUGCUACUCGAUGAUCAUCACUACUUCUCAGACGAAGAGCAGGAGUAUGAGAAAGUAAAACCCAAGCGACUGCCAAAGGGUACUAGCGACUAUCAGGCUGCGUGGUAUCUUGAGGACUUGUCUGAUGACGACUCUGAUCUCGAAGACUUUGACAUGGAGGAUGUUGCGGAGGCUAGCGAGAGCCAGCCCGCGCAUCCCGCAGACGGAAUCGAAGGCAUGGACGUUGACGGUCAGGCCAUGACAGAAGGCGCACCCUCUGAGUAUCCGCAAUCAGAAAUGUUUAUGGAUCCAUCGCCAGAAGAUGAAGCAGAGCAAAUCGAGGCUUACAGAAAUUCGAGAAAGAACGAGCAAGAAGACGAUCUUGAAUUCCCUGAUGAGAUUGAACUACAUCCCAAUGCCAGUGCACGGGAGCGUCUAAUCAAGUACCGCGGGUUGAAAAGUCUGAAAUCGAGUACAUGGGAGACGGAGGAGGAUCGGCCAUAUGAACCAGAAGAAUGGCAGCGAUUACUUGAGAUUUCAGACUACAAGCGUACCGCAACAAAAUUCAUGCGCGAGGCAUGGGCUGGCGGUGUGCCCGCUGGUACACGGGUCAGCGUACAUGUGCGGGCUGUCCCUCUCAAGUUUCAGGAGAUGCAAUCGCGGCCUCUCGCUAUGUUCUCGCUACUCAGACACGAGCACAAGCGCACGGCAUGCAAUUAUAGCAUCCUGCUCGGUUCCGAAGAAGAGCCAAUCCGCUCCAAGACUGAGUUGAUCGUUCAAUGCGGUCCACGGAGAAUGGUCAUCAAUCCGCUCUUCUCUCAAGCCGGCAAUACCCCCAACAACGUUCACAAAUUCAAUCGCUACCUGCAUCCUGGUCAAUCUGCAAUCGCCAGCUUCAUCGGCCCUCUAACCUGGGGCUCCGUCCCUCUCCUCUACUUCACACGCACACACACAUCCACCUCUUCCUCCGAUGCUUCCCCAGCCCCCUCCUCCCCCCUCCGCCUCAUUGCAACUGGCACAUCUCUUCCUCCCAGCACAUCGCGCAUCAUCGCCAAACGCGUCGUGCUGACCGGUCACCCCUACAAGAUCAACAAGCGCAUUGUCACAGUGCGCUACAUGUUUUUCAAUGACGAGGACGUACGCUGGUUCAAGAGUUUGCCGCUCUGGACCAAGAGGGGACGCAGUGGGUUUAUUAAGGAGAGCUUGGGUACGCAUGGGUACUUCAAAGCGACGUUUGAUGGUAAGAUUAGUCCCAUGGAUGCGGUGGGCGUGAGCUUGUAUAAGAGGGUUUGGCCUAGGGGCGCGAGGGGUUGGAGUGGAGAAGUUGAGGGGCAGGUGUAG